AUGCGUAUAAUAUAUAUAUAUCUUGACAUAUUGUACUCGUUACAGUUGAGCGUCAAGAUCAACGGGCUGGACAACAAAGGCGAGUCGGCGCUAGAUCUGGCGCUGCGCGACCACCAGACCAGCAUCGCGGAGAUGCUGUGCGAGAACGAGGCGGAUCCGGACGCCCGCGACCGGACCGGAUAUACUCUGCUCCAUCUGGCCGUGCAGAGGGGAGACUCGUACGCCGCCAACUUCCUGUUGGCGCACGGCGCUUCCGUGAGCUCGGUGACGCCGGAUCAGGGCGACACGGCGCUACACCUGAUCGCCAGCUCGACGCCGCAGCACUACGGGUCGCCGGACGAACCAACGUCCGCCGCCGCUGCAGCCACCGCCAUGACGGCCGUGGCCCGGUCGCUGCUCGACUCCGGUCUGGAUCCGAACUUACCCAACAGCCAGGGAUUCACUCCUUUGCACUUGGCCGUGUUGGUGCACAACGACGACAUACUGACGCUCUUGUUGGACGAACACGCCCGGUCGAGCAAGAUCGACUUGAACGCUCAGACAGUCGACGACCACACUCCGUUGUACUAUGCGCUGAUACACACGCCCAAGCUCGACACCGACGACAGCUUCGCCAACCGUUUGGUGACGGCCGGGGCGAAUCCCAAUCCCAUUUACAAGAAGACGUCCAAUUCUAUGUUGCACAUCGUCUCCGACGAGAGUCUCGAAGAUGCGGCUCUCUUCAUUACGGCUCGUUGCAAUAACAUUAACUACACAAACAAACUAGGAGAAAGCGCAUUACAUAUCGCGUGCAAAAGAGGACUGUCACGUCUCGUUCGACGUUUACUUGAGUUUCGAGCGAACCCAAAUUUACAAACAUUACCACCCGAUGGUGUUAUAUUGAGCACGGAUGAUGGUCUUCAGACCUCGUACAGACUUUCGCCAUUACACGUGGCCAUAAUUAACAAACAGGAGGGUGCCGUGAAUGCCAUGUUACACCACCACAAUACUGUCACUGCUGAACCCAAAGAUGGAUUGUCUAUGGUAAAUUUGAAUCUACGCGAUUCACUAGGAGAUACACCUUUAUCAUUGGCAUUAAAAUGUGACAUGCAACACAUUGUACCUGAUCUCAUUGCUGGUGGUGCUGAUAUUGACAUGAGGAAUGGUGAAGGUAUGACACUUCUACAUCAAGCAAUAUUGAAAGGUGAUGAAAAAACUGCUUUGUAUUUAGUGAAACAAGGAUCAAACUUUGAUGCUAAAACACAAGAUGAUCAAACACCAUUGGAACUAGCUACAAUCAAUGGCCAGAAUAUUGUGGUUGAAGAAUUAUGCAAACGUGGUGUUGAUAUGGCAGUACCAUCGUCAAAUGGUGACCCUAUACUAUGGCUUGCUUUAACCUCCAAUCAAGAAGAUAUUGCUUCUACGCUUGUCAAGUAUGGUGUUGACACCGAUUCGUGGAGUGAAGGGCCAGAGGGAUGUCUGCAAACCCUUCUGCAUCGAGCAAUUGAUGAAAAUUCUGAAAGUGCUGCUCGUUUUCUUAUUCGAAGCGGCUGUGAUAUUAAUAAUCCACGUAAGCCAGGACCGGGUGGUCGUGGUGGAGAUGAGUCAAAGGAUCAAUCAUCUCCAUUGCACUUAUGCUGUCAUUGGAGCCUGCAAAGUGUAGUUCAAACAUUGUUAGAACACGGUGCCAAUGUCAAUGCUUGGGAUGCAGAGCAUAAAACUCCACUUCAUGUGGCAAUUAAAAACCAGCAUGCAGGUAUUAUAACAUUACUACUCUGUCAUCCGUCCAUUGAUCUUACUAAGAGAGAUCGCACUGGUCUGACUCCAUUUGCGGCCGCUCUGACAUGUCGUAACGACAAAGCAGCUCGAUCAAUAUUGGAUAAGUUACCAGCAGCCGCAGAACAAUUUGAUAAUAAGGGAUGCAACUUUUUGCACAUGGCUAUCCAAAAAGGUGACAUUGAAAGUGUCUUGUUCUUGUUAUCGGUCAGUGUAGACGUCAACUCAAGAGUUCAAAACGAAUUACAGACUACCCCACUUCAUUUAGCAGUUGCAACGGGCAAUGAAAUGUUAGUGCGCAGUAUCAUUUUAGCUGGCGCCAGGGUAAACGAUCAAGACACAAUGAAGAGGACAGCAUUGCAUGUAGUUAGUGAAGCUGGACAUGCUUCAAUUGUGGUCGCGCUGUUAAAUAAUAAUGCUAAUUUUGAUGCAGUUGAUUGUGAAGGUCAAAAUGCAUUGCAUAUUGCUUGCCGCGAGGGUCACUUACAAGUGGUUCAAACUUUACUGGGCGAAUCUGAGAUCAAUGCUGAAGCUUUGACAUUGAAGGGUCGAAAUCCACUUCAUGAACUGGCCAAGUAUAGUAAGGAAAGUUCGGCAGCCAUAUGUGAAGUAUUUCUUGAGUACAUGCCAAAAUACCCUCUUGAGGUACAAGAUGCUGAGGGAAAUACAGCAUUACUAUUGGCGUACAUAAAAGGCAAUGGAAAUUUGUGUAGGACUUUAGUAAAAGCUGGUGCUUGCGUUGGAGCGAUGAAUAACGAUGGUAUCACAAUAUUUAACUGUCAAAUGGCUACUACUCAAUUGUUGUUUAGAUUACUUGAUAGUUUGACAAAAGAGCCACCAUGGGUGGACGGAUGUGAAGUGUGUCAGGAGUGCGGAUUGAAAUUUGGUUUUACAAUGCGUAAGCAUCAUUGUCGUCAUUGUGGUAGACUAUUAUGUAGCAAAUGCUCCAGUCAAGAAGUUCCUAUCAUAAAGUAUGGGCUAGUGAAAGCUGUAAGAGUGUGUGUGUCUUGUUUCCAAGUUCUGCAAGGCGGCUAA